GGAAAACGGGAGAAGCCUUAGCGAAGCUGAUGUUCUUGCAACCCACUGAGGCCACGUUAUUGACAAUGGAUAGCGAUGGUAGUAUAAUCAACGAGGAGAAGCUGCAUGUGGAUCUGGUCCGAAAGGGCGAUAUCCUCCGCGUCACCGCAGGCGAGCAGGUGCCGGUUGAUGGCGAGAUUGUGUACGGACGCUCUACGCUGAACGAAUCCAUGAUCACGGGCGAGGCCAAACCUGUCAACAAAACCAUUGGUGAUCAAAUCAUUGGGGGCACUCUCAAUGAAACAGGCAGUGUGCACAUCAAGGUCACCAAUGUGGGCGCAGACUCAGCCCUGUCGCAGAUCGUCAAACUAGUCGAAGAGGCACAAACCUCCAAGGCUCCGAUCCAGCGGUUCGCCGACACCAUCGCGUCCUACUUUGUGCCGGCCAUCAUCUGCAUCGCCUUGAGCACAUUUGCGGUGUGGUAUGUGCUGUUGCUGACGGGUGUGGUGACAGGCCCAGAGGACAUCCCUUCGGUGCAGUACGCCCUCAACUUUUGCAUCAGUGUGUUGGUGGUCGCCUGUCCCUGUGCCCUGGGACUGGCCACACCCACAGCCGUUAUGGUCGGCACUGGGGUUGGGGCGCAGAACGGGGUGCUGAUUAAAGGCGGAGAGUCGCUGGAAGCUGCACACCUCAUCAACACGGUCUUACUGGACAAGACUGGGACUAUUACCGAGGGUAAGCCGAACAUCAGUCUGUUCAGGCUACUGUCACGCGACGGGAAAUGGACUAAAAAUGAGCUGGUGCGUCUGGCGGGUGUAGCUGAGAGUGGUUCCGAGCAUCCGUUUGGAGUUGCGAUUGUCAAGUACGCCAAAGCGACUCUGCGUGUGCUGGCCUUCGCACAACCGGAACGAAUGAUGGUCGCUGCUGGACAGGUAUAUAUUUAUAUAUAUUACAUGUCUGUAUGUGUAUUUAGAUAUUUGCAAACGCAUGGGAGUGUCCCGAUGUACCUGGGCGUGUUAGUGUAUAUUGUGGUCACCACCCUUUGGGUUUGCCUUUUUUCACAAUGCGUUUGUAGUGUACCUGAAACUACGAAAAUACCAAGUCCAGUGAAAAUGGAUGUGUCGGAUAGGAGCAAAUCUGUCUCCAUAAUCGCGCCCUCAAACCCAAGUACCAUUCAUGAUGUUGGGAUUGAUCCGAUCAAUGUGUUCGCUGAAGUGUUGCCCAGUCGCAAGGCUGAGAUUGUCAAACAGCUGCAGGCCGAGGGAGAGACUGUGGCCAUGUGUGGAGACGGCAUCAACGACUCGCCUGCCCUGGCUCAGGCCGAUUUGGGCGUGGCCAUAGGCACAGGCACAGACGUGGCGAUUGAGGCCGCGGAUGUUGUGUUGAUCAAUGGAGCACUCGAUGGUAUCGUAACAGCUAUCGACCUUUCACGCACAACUGUGCGAAGGAUAAGAUACAACUUCUUCUUCGCGUGUAUAUACAAUCUGAUGGGCGUACCGGUGGCAGCCGGCCUGUUCAUGUGGGCAGGCAUUCUCAUGCGGCCCCCUAUGGCAGCCGCCUGCAUGAUGUUUUCGUCGCUGUCUGUCGUCACCUCAUCCCUUCUACUCAAAAGGUAUCGUAAGCCCACGGGCAUGCCCAGCAAGCGAACCAACAUCGAUGUGCGCCUAACUCGCCUACAAAACUCUGUAGACGACAGCAACACACACAACGUAGGCAUGUUCGCGAAGCUAAAGCAUCGUGUGACAAGCAUGUUCACACGCCAUGGUGGCGUCGUUGCUGGUGGCGCUGGGAGUGACACACGUGGGACGGGCAAUCUGGCGUAUGCGCGUGUGGACACAGACGAGAGGUACGACGAAGACUCGGACAACGGAGAAGAGGUGGAGCUGCGAGACAGUGAUAUGGAGGCCAUUGAGAUGUACUGAGGGGAGUGUCUGCAUUAAAAGUAUCUUAGAGUCGAUCGAGAGCUAUUCGAGUAGAGGGCUAUGGCUUCAUUCGGAAUGUGACUCACGCUCAGUUGUGUGUGUUGACUAUCCGAACUUGAACUAUAUUCUGUUUUUGCGAAAGAACGGGUAGAUACACCGAUUUCAAGCCAAAAUAGGGAGUCGGAGGGGCACCGAGACCCCGUUGAGGCUGUACUCGAGACUUGGUAUCAUGCAGGCAGGCAAGCAGUAUACCCUAUGUGAACGGUACUAUGUACGAAGAAGAAAACUCUUCAUAAGCGCAAGAAUCUGGAUAUGCAAUAUGUUUGGUUUGGGAUGUGAAUGAAUCUUCAGUUGGUCUAUUCGGGCUGGUGGUGAUCCGACUAUGACCACCCUGAAGGGCAGGCCUGUGUCCCGUUGCCGUGUCCAGGUCAUUUCUAUGGUACACACUGUACGGUGGCCCAAGAGUGUGCACCGGGUAUAUGCACUUCGGACAAAUGCAGGUCCGAUGGGCCAAUCUACUUGAGUACACCCACAUCACUGAUUGAAUCCGCUGAUGUUCUUUCUGUUUGCCCGGGUAGCAUCACUACACUAUCACUCUUGAUCGCAUUAUCUGGAUACCAAUGGCCUGUUAUUGCCGGCAGGGAUUGUGCUACGUGCUUACGAAAGUGUAACUCCUGCGCUGUAGCAAGUCCCGCAGGUGCACCAAACAAUUUAACGAAUAGUGAACGAAUCAAAGCGACAGCCUUAAAUCAACGUUAACGCACUUAAUUGAGCGUUCGAUUUGGAACGAAAGAUGAAUCUGGAGCCUGAAUCUGACAACGAUGUCUGGCAUACAACAGGACGGGUAGUCGUGAGUUAUAUAAUUUGUAUCCAACGGACGACCCCUAACACGAAAUACAACAGUUGCGGAUGCGAGUGCCAUCCCCGCGCGUUGUAACAAUUAAUGAUACGUAUAUGCAAAUCAGCAUGGAAGGGUUUCUUAUAUGUUUAAACUUAAAAUCAUAAAUAAAGUAUAUAAAACAGUAUAAAGGAGGCAGCGUUAACUCAUGGCACCAUGGGAAAUGGCGUUCGAAUUUUUCGUUCUCGCGACAGACAGGUGAAUGCUGUCGAUAUCUCCGCUCUGCGACAAACUAGCACGUCAUGUCAUGAAUUUCUAGUGUUUUUUAGUUCACCUUCGCUUGGCCGAAUAGAAGGUAACGGGACGGGGCUAUCUCACUUACUUAGUUGCAAUACAUGUCGACAUAAUAGGACGCACUCUAGACAGCCACUCCUUGCUUGGCUCACUU